UAACAGCCUACGUAGGGCACGUGCUGCCCAAAGUUGAGUAAUUCCUGUGUCCUGCACGUUGACAUUGGGACAGUCUCCCGACACUACAGCAGCCCUCUGCUUCACUUCUCCUCCAGGACAGGAUGGGAGCCUCCUUGUCCACACCUGCUGCUCCUACAGUCAGGGCAGAGGCCAUGAUGGCCGCUCCUCCUCAGGGCUGCCCCAUGCACCAAGAAGCCCCGCCUGUCAAAGUGUCUCCACCCUCAGAGUGUCCCAUGCAUCAAGCUGCGCCUGUAAAAGCGUCUCCCCCGUCGGAGUGUCCAAUGCACCGAGCAGACCCAGGUCCAACUCACCAGGACCGGGCCUACGAGUUUGUGGGGUGUCCCAUGAAAGCUGCAGAAGGAAUGAAGAGUGACAUCGACCCAGCCAAUAUGAUGCCUCCUCCCAACCAACAGCCAGCUCCAGACCAGCCCUUCGAUCUCUCCGUGUCCAGACAGGAGUCCAAUAUUCCCCGUCACAACACAGAGAAGAACUGGGUUUACCCAUCUGAGCAGAUGUUCUGGAAUGCCAUGCUCCGAAAAGGGUGGCGUUGGCGUGAAGAUGACCUCGGUGCUCAAGAUAUGACCAACAUCAUUAAAAUCCACAACCAGAACAACGAGCAGGCCUGGCAGGAGAUCCUGAAAUGGGAGGCCCUGCACGCAGGUGAAUGUCCAUGUGGGCCGACCUUGAAGAGGUUUGGUGGGAAAGCCAAAGAGUUCUCCCCCAGGGCUCGCUUCCGCCACUGGAUGGGCUACGAGCUGCCUUUCGACCGCCACGACUGGAUCAUUGACCGCUGUGGGAAGGAGGUGCGCUACAUCAUUGACUACUAUGACGGUGAAAUCAACACGGAGAACUACCAGUUCUCCAUCCUGGAUGUACGUCCCGCCUUUGACUCUUUAGAUGCCGUCUGGGACCGUAUGAAGGUGGCCUGGUGGCGCUGGUCCUCUUAAACGACCCACACACAUGCACCCACAUAAAGAUGACCGUGUGAAUUCAAACACAGACAUGGACUAUGAAACUGGCGUUCCACAUUUCAGCUCUCGACAAGAUGUGUGGUGCUGUGAACAGGAACUGUAAACAAGACUCAUGAAGAAUCAGAAACGGACUUAGACUAUGUUUGUUUUAGCGCAGCCUCACUCACUCAGACUGUAUGACGCUUCAUCUGCUAAUCAUAUUGAUUUCAGUGGAAAACUUUUGGGUUUGCAGGUCAGCAAGUGCAUCUAAAGCUCGUGGAAGUGUUUGUCAGACAGGUCACAUGUGGCUCACACUGCCUCUGGUCAUACAUCUGUUCAGCUGCCUUCACUCUGCUCUCGCUUCAGAUCGAACUGCAGGAACAGCCUGCUCUCUUUAACUAACACUCCACCAGAUUUACACAUGAAGUUUGUUGUGAGGAAUACUACUCAGCUUGUCCUCUGUGGCCAUGGUGAUGAUGUCGCAGUGAUGUCAUCAGUUAUCUCCGCUUUGGCCUGGAGACAGCACAGUACAAACUGGAGUUGUGGAGCUUAAAGUAAAUGGGAAUUUAACAGGCACCACAGGGGGUUAAAUAAAAGUAGGAAAGCUGCUGCUGUGCUGCAUUAUGGGAAAUGUAGGAUCCAGCGUUUCACUUAGGGUCUUAAAGUCAGCGUACCUCAGCCUCUGCUACUUUAAUUUGGACCAUCUUGUUUUUAACGUCCCUGCAGUCCUGCUUUGCAUCUCUGGAAACUGAACUGCUGGAGUCGCCCUUUAAGUUGCAAGUACCGAGUUUAAAGUUUUAACCUGCUGAGGCGCAUGAUCGAUGUUUGUGCAAACUGUUGUUGCUUUUAAUUAGAUUUCUCUCAGACGGCAGCUUUGAAUCAAUGAAUCAUUCUUUGGAAGCAAACGUUUACUGUAAUUUUAAAAAUCCACAGAUGUGCAAUACCAGAGUUGUGAUUACAGCCUAGUUUAAGAUUUCAGUGGCUCACAUUCUAAUUAUUGCAUGAACUAUAUUCUCAUUUCAUCUAAAGUCUAAUUUUUGUCAACAUGUUGCCUUUGUGUGAUAAAUGAGGACGAGACGGAAAGCUGGGAGAGGUACGAUGAAAUCUAACGGGACGUUGUGGUUAAAUGCUGUGCAUCUUGAGCACUUGUCAGCCAUGUUUUUCUUCUCUGGAUCUCCCAUGUGAGGCCCCGAUCAGACAGAAAGCGUUUCAGCAGCUAGAGGCGGCUUUUUGUAAUCGGUGUUAAUGAGAAUGAAGCUUUUAAGUUUUUAAGUUGCAGCACACCUCACGUUUCUGCAGUCUUGGCGCCUGGUGUUUUUGCCGGAGCACUCUGAAAUCCUCAAGUUGAUUAAAACUUCAACUCAGAGCGGAAAAGCUCCCCACGUCAUCUCAUUUUCGGGCCUCCUGUGGUGGUCAUAACAAGUUUACAGUUGGUAAACAAUGGAGGAGAAACUGGUGGUAGCGGUUGCUGGAUAUCCAGAGCUAUAUGGCCUGAUGAUAGACAGCAGGUUGUCAAACUGCCCCUGAGUCAUCCUAAAAUAUGUCUGAUAACAUCCAUCAUGGAGGAGACGCUCCUGGACCAACUGGUGGUACUCCCCAUGAUCCAGCCUCUUUUUUUAGUUCUUUGUUUCCCUGUGCUCAACAAGCUAUCGCACGUUGUGCAAACUGCAAAAGACUUCCUGUGUGUUCGGGGCCUAAAUGAACUUGACCCACAACCUAACAUUUGUCUUUUUGCGGGAAUGUUCCGAGUCAGUAACCUUUGACGUCAGGAUCCUGCAGGCAGACUGAAGCUUGUUCAGAGUGGCGGCAGUUUGAUGUGAGCGCUCAGUGAUGUGACCUGCUGACUCACUCAGUACAGCGUAUCUGCUCUGAUUGUAAGGUACCACCUCAGAUCCAUGCUGUCACAUAUCCUGGAGCACAGUGAUGAUUUUUGUUUUGUCAGAAUAAUCUUUAUUGGUGAGAUGGGUUUGAAAGGGAUACCGUGACGACUGCGCAGUGGUUUAAUGGUGUUAGUGUAGUUUGACCUACAGGAUAUGUAUAGUUAUAUUUUUUUAAAAGGACCAGGAUGGAUAUGAGCCUUGCUAUUAAACCCUGUAACUCUGUCAUUGCUUCCUCUUCUUGUUGCGGUUAGUUUGCCCUGAUUUACUUAGAUGACAGUAGCAUGUUCGGAGGUGCAAUUGAAAGCCAGCUGACCACUUAACUUGCUGUCAUGUUCUUGCAACAUACGUCAAAUACUGUAUGACUUUAAAGUUUAAUUUCAACUAACUUUAAAAUUAAUUUUCCUUUUCCAGAUGCUCUCAGUUUCAUUGUUUUCGUGCAGUGCAACAUUUCAUUGCAACUUCCUCAGAAGUGUCAGAAUCCUGUGUUUCAGCUUUGCUUUAUAAUUUUUGUUGCGCUGAUAUUCAGACUUGUAUUUAUUGUUUGAUGAAUGAGUGGAGACUUCUGCGUGCGGAAUCUUGCUGCUUUUGUUCUCCGAAUAAAGUUGAGUGUAAAAAUAAUUUUACUGGCUCUGGUGGUCAGAUAAACUAUCAAUAAAGCUGGUCAUAUUCCA